UCAAGACAGCGGUUCACUGCAAGCUUCCUGGCCCUCGGAUCAACUGUUUUGAUCCGAUCUGGCCCUCUGACAAAGGAAGACUUUCUCACAUAGGCUGUUGGACAGAAUAUUCCGAGACGGACUCGCUCUGAAGUGUGUGAGGAGGUGUGAGCAGGUGAACAUUGCGCUCGAACUGACACUGGAGUUUUGCGCUUGGACAAUGCUUGCAAUUAGUAGGGGAAUCCAUUUAUUAUCAUCGUUUCAGCCCGAAAAGAAAGCGUGCGUGGAUUUUUAACCGAGGAGCCUUCUGAAACAUCACCCCACCGCGUCGGUCAUUUCUGCUUCAAAGCUGUGGAGGAGCGCAGUGCCUUCGGGUGUUCGCGAAGUGCUUUAGCUCGCCAGCUCCGUUUUUUUUCUUCUUUUUUCUUAAGUUCAAAAAAGUGCACCCAAACGCGCAGGACAGGGCUUAAAUGUUCGGGAUCCAGGAGCAUCUGAUGCGAGAAGUGAGCGGAUUAAAAGAGAGAAGUCUUGGAGAGGAGAUGGAUCCGGUUCGGUCGUGGGUGCGUAAUGUCGGGGUUGUGGAUGCGAACGUAGCGGCGCAAAGUGGAGUUGCUUUGUCAAGAGCUCAUUUUGAGAAGCAGCCGCCCUCAAAUCUCCGAAAGUCCAACUUCUUCCACUUCGUCCUGGCGCUCUAUGACAGACACGGCCAACCCGUGGAGGUGGAGAGGACAUCGUUUGUGGACUUUGUUGAACAUGACAAGGAGCAGACGGGAGAAAAGACCAACAACGGCACUCACUACAAGCUGCAGCUCCUCUACAGCAACGGGGUUCGCACAGAGCAGGAUCUUUACGCACGACUUAUUGACUCUGUCACGAAACAGCCCAUAGCAUAUGAAGGACACAAAAAUCCAGAAAUGUGCAGAGUUCUGCUUACACACGAGGUUAUUGCAGGUGACCGCUGUUGUGAGAAGAAAAGUUGUGGCAACCGAAACGAGACGCCCUCUGACCCAGUCAUCAUUGACAGGUUUUUCUUGAAGUUUUUCCUGAAAUGUAACCAGAAUUGUCUGAAGACAGCGGGAAACCCGAGGGAUAUGAGGAGAUUUCAGGUGGUCCUGUCCAGCACUGUGAGUGUGGACGGCCACGUUCUAGCAGUGUCCGACAACAUGUUCGUCCACAACAACUCAAAACACGGUCGGAGGGCCCGCAGACUGGAGCCGGGCGAGUCCGUCGAGAAUUCUAUGGAAUAUGCCACCCCGUGUAUCAAAGCCAUCAGCCCCAGUGAGGGCUGGACCACCGGGGGGGCCAUGGUCAUCGUCAUCGGGGAGAACUUCUUUGACGGGCUGCAGGUGGUGUUUGGCAGCAUGCUCGUAUGGAGUGAGCUAAUCACGCCGCACGCUAUCCGUGUCCAGACACCUCCUCGACACAUCCCCGGGGUCGUGGAGGUCACACUGUCUUAUAAAUCCAAACAAUUUUGCAAGGGAGCACCUGGACGCUUCAUCUAUACAGCCCUGAAUGAGCCAACUAUAGACUACGGUUUCCAACGUCUUCAAAAGGUCAUUCCUCGACAUCCUGGUGACCCAGAGAAACUAGCCAAGGAGAUCCUCCUGAAGAGAGCGGCAGAUCUUGUGGAGGCCCUGUACGGAAAUCCACACAGUAAUCAGGACAUGCUGCUGAAACGUGCGGCCGACAUCGCCGAGGCGCUCUACAGUGUCCCCCGUCCUCACAGUCAGCUGCAGGCGCUGCCCAGCUCACCAGCCCACGGCAGUGUCAUGGGCCUGGGCUCCUAUCCUUCUCAGUUGGGCGUCAGCAUCGGGGAGCAUGGACAGAGCAGCCAAGGUUACAUUCGAAAUUCCAGCAGCUUGUCUCCAAGGGGUUACCCAUCAGCCUCCACUCCUCAGCAGUCAGGCUACGGGGGCAGCGGAGGGAUGACUGGAGGCUAUGGGACAGUUCCCAUGACCAGUCUAGGAGUACCUGGCUCUCCUGGUUUCAGCAGCGCCUCCCCCACAGGCUCUCCCUACAUAAUGCCCUCCAGCCCGACUAUACCAGGAAGCUCCAGCUCUUCCUCGUCUCUCUUGCCUUUUUCUUCCUUCCCGUCUGCUGCUAAACAGAAGAGUGCUUUUGCUCCCGUCCUCAGGCCCCAGGGCUCUCCCUCCCCCGCCUGCCCCGCCUCAGGGGGGAACAGCUUCAGAGCGAUGACGGGCCUGGUUGCUCCCCCGAUGUAGCAAAGCACCCACUCCAAUCUACCCCAGACCAAUGCUUCACUUAGCCCCUCUUUUGGCAUUAAGAGGGAAGGGAAAAAUGGAAAAUUGAUCACUAGCGACCAUGUAUAACUUUCCCUCCUGAGCUCCCCCCCCCACACCCGCCAUUUCGUAGUCCCUCUUUCAUCCAGGUGGAUGAACAGGACGGGGUACGAAAAUGUCCAAAGACCAGCCAUCUACUCCAGAGGCAGAGCACAUUACUUUAUCCACAACUACAGACAAACAAAACUUCUCUGUCUGUAGCUAACAGCACCAGACUGAACCAUGUAUUGCUGUGUGUGUGCGUGUGCGUGUGUGUGUGUGUGUGUGUGUGUGUGUGUGUGUGUGUGUGUGUGUGUGUGUGUGUGUGUGUGUGUGUGUGAGUGACGAAGCGUCUGCGUUUUGAAAGGAAAUAAAAGGAGAACUGAAGAUUCAAAAGCAUCUGUAUUUACCUCUGGCCUGCUAUCACAUGCAGUAUGUGAUAUUCUUCCAACAACCUUUCCAGACCCAGGCCAGAGACGUACGGGACGCGUUGUGAGAGCACUGACGGACUCUAUGAAGCUCGAAGAAGCAGGGUGCUAUUUGUCUGUGUAUGGACUUAAAUGCCAUGUGAGUGCACUGUCUGUGAGUUAGCGAGAAGUUUUUUGUAGUAGACUUUUUGAAGACAAUUUACAUUCCAGAAAAAUAGACCCUUUAUUUUUUUUCUGAUCUCUGCGGUUUUACAAGGGAAGAACUCUUUGUCUCAAUGGUUAUUACUAAAGGAAUUCAUAUAUUGAUUUAUUUAAGAACAAGCAAUUUAACUUAUUAUAGGUAGUUUAGGGUAUAAUAUAAACGUGUUUUUAUAAAGUGGUCCUUUUCCAGCUGUUACUGAAAUAAAGUUAUCUCAACAAUUGCAAAUGAAUUUGCUGAAUGAUCAUAGGGAAAUAUGGCGGAGAACAUAACAAUAACACACUUUUUUUGGAACAAAACGUCCCCAGUUUUCAGGUUCUUGCAUAACAAAAUCUUAAUAUUGUGUUCACAUCUGAAGGAGGUUAUUGUCCUGUAAAGGAAAAAUGUUAGUUAGCCUUAUCCUUUUUAAUUUCACUUAUAAUGCAUGCUUUGUCACACCAUUGCCCUGAUAUUAUUUCAUUCAACAUUGCAAAUUUAUAUGACUAUAGCUUACAGAUUUUACAGUUUAAUUUUAAACCUCUCAACCCAGUUCAGGUCUCCAGUCACUAUGCAGUACAGUAAAUGAAAGCACAAACUGCUCAAUUGAAGAACAGGGCAUAUUAGGUGUUCAUUAACCCAUAUCAUGCUGUUCUCUGUACUCAUUGAUUUCUGUCAUCACAACACAAACUUCAUUCUCAGGAUGUGAAAACUAAGAACACAGAGUAGAUGACAUUUGCAAAUUUGUUUUUAGAGUUUGGUUAAUUUUUAUUUAUUAAAAAAAUUAUUAGCAAUUUAUUAUUAUGUUUUUUGAAGCCACCUUUUUUUGAACCGGUACAAAAAAUGGUGCAAAUGUGAUUUGUAUAUCUCAAGUCUCAAGGUGUAAUUAUAUUUUGUGCUCCAAAUAAAACAAAUACGAAAAACGU